AUGUCAAAAAUCAGUACUAUGAAUCUACAUUACACAUCACUAUCUGAAAUAGAUGAAAAAGUCCAGAUUUCUAAAACUUUCUUCUUUGAGAAACAACUAAAAUUAUCUCAUGAAAGUAACCCAAGGAAAAAAGAUUUAGAGUUCAGGAAGCUGCAGUUGAAAAGACUUUAUUAUGCCGUGAAAGACCAUGAAGAGGAAUUAAUUGAUGCAAUGUAUCAAGAUUUCCAUCGGACAAAGCUUGAAUCGGUCCUGAGCGAAACAACGAAACUUAUGAAUGAUAUACUCCACUUAAUUGAGAUUUUACCAAAAAUGAUGAAACCCCAGAAAGUGUCAGAUUCCUCCCCUCCAUUUAUGUUUGGUAAAACUGUCGUGGAAAAAAUAUCAAGGGGCAGUAUCUUGAUCAUCUCUCCUUUCAACUUUCCUGUACUUUUAGCAUUGGGUCCAUUAGCUGCUGCUCUUGCUGCAGGUAAUACUGUUGUUUUAAAACCGAGUGAAUUAACACCUCACACUGCCACCAUCAUGGAAAAACUAUUAACCACUGCGGGGUUUCCCAAUGGUUUGGUUCAAGUGGUACAGGGUGCUAUAGAUGAGACUACAAAAUUGUUAGAUUGCGGAAAAUUCGACCUUAUAUUCUAUACUGGUUCUCCACGUGUUGGUUCAGUAGUUGCUGAAAAGGCAGCAAAAAGUCUAACACCUUGUGUACUUGAAUUAGGUGGUAAAUCGCCUACCUUUAUAACAGAAAAUUUUAAGACCAGCAACAUAAAGACUGCUUUGAAAAGGAUUUUCUUUGGAGCUUUUGGAAAUUCUGGACAAAUUUGCGUGUCCCCAGACUAUUUGUUGGUGCAUACAUCUGUGCAUUCAAAAGUUAUUGAGGAGUGUAAAGAAGUAUUAAAUGAAUUUUAUCCAAAUUUCAAUGAAACUACAGACUUCACUCGGAUGAUUCAGGAGCGUGCUUACAAAAAUGCUACGGAGAGUUUAAAUUCAACUAACGGCUGCAAAAUAUUACCUCUAAAUACUUCGAUUGGCCCCAAUGCUAGUGAAUUAUGCAUUAUACCACCUACUGUAGUUUAUAACAUUGAUUGGAAUGAUUCUUUGAUGAAACAAGAGAAUUUUGCACCUAUAUUACCAAUUAUCGAGUACAAUGAUCUCGAUGAGACCAUCAACAAGAUAAUACAAGAACACGAUACUCCAUUAGUACAGUACAUUUUCUCUGAUAGCACAACUGAAAUAGAACAUAUUUUGACGCGCUUAAGAUCUGGUGGUUGUAUUGUUGGUGAUACCGUGGUUCAUGUAGGUAUUACCGAUGCCCCCUUUGGAGGGAUAGGUAAUUCAGGUUAUGGCACUUAUGGUGGAUUUCAUGGAUUCAAUACCUUUAGUCACGAAAGAACGAUUUUUAAACAGCCAUACUGGAAUGAUUUUACCCUAUUUAUGAGAUAUCCCCCAAUUAAUUCACAGAAGGAAAAACUCGUCCGUUUUGCCAUGGAGAGAAAGCCUUGGUUUGACAGAAAUGGCAAUGACAAAUGGGGAUUUCCCCAAUAUUUUUCAGUAUCUGUAAUGAUUGUUUUAGUGGGUGCCAUUUGUGCCCAUUUUUAUUAA